AACUUCUAAUGAAUGAUGAUGCAGGCUCAGCAGAGCAGACCUCAGCAGCUUGAGAACGAAUCGUCGCCGUCCUCCGACGAUCUCUGUCUCUGAGAAAUUAAUUUUCAUCCUACGCUCGCCACCACAAGAUCCUUGUACGGCCCAUACAAACCCUAGCAGUCCUCUCCCCGGCCGCUGCCUUGCCUUCACCGGAUCCCUGUUCUCCCUCAUUAAAAUAAACAUAACACCUUACUUCUCGAAGUCUCUUCCAUGUCUCUCGACGGGGCGCAUGGAUCAGGAGGCCAACCUCACGCUCAUGGAAACGGGACUAUCUAUGCCUCCGGGCAACAAAACGGCGCCGUCGCCUCCCCGCCCCCGCCGACUUACUUGACGCACAGGUUAAGACUGAACCCCAAUUCAGAUCACAAACCCGAUACUUAUGAGGAUUUGGAGCUGGACUUCAGCCCCUUGGUCUUCAGCUCUUUGGAGAGAUAUCUUCCGCCAAAUCUUCUCCCCCAGCCGCGCGAUGUCAAGGUCAAUUACAUGCGAGAGAUUCUUCUUCGGUACUACCCCGAAAGCGAGCGCGUUAGGCUUCAGAAACACAGGGAAUACAGACAAAAGAUUAUAUCCAACUAUCAGCGCCUGCACCGGGAACUUUAUACCAUGCAUGCCUCAAACUUUUUUGUCCCAUCAUUCCUCAAGGCAAUCAAUGAGAAUACAGAACAAGCUUUCAGAAACAUAAUGUCUGAACCCUCCCCAGGAAUCUUUACAUUUGAAAUGCUGCAGCCACGGUUUUGUGAAAUGUUACUGGCUGAGGUAGAAAAUUUUGAAAAAUGGGUUCAUGAGACAAAGUUCAGAAUCAUGAGACCUAAUACAAUGAAUAAAUACGGUGCUGUUCUUGAUGAUUUCGGCCUUGAAACUAUGCUUGAUAAGCUUAUGGAAGAUUUCAUACGGCCAAUAUCAAAAGUUUUCUUUCCAGAGGUUGGUGGGUCCACACUUGAUGCUCAUCAUGGCUUCGUCCUUGAGUAUGGGAUGGAUAGAGAUGUUGACCUUGGUUUCCAUGUGGAUGAUGCAGAAGUCACCUUGAAUGUCUGCUUGGGUAAACAGUUUUCUGGUGGUGAACUAUUUUUUCGCGGUGUGCGGUGUGAAAAACAUGUAAAUACAGAAACUCAGGCAGGGGAAAUCUUUGACUAUUCACAUGUCCCUGGGCAUGCUGUUCUUCAUCGUGGUCGCCAUAGGCACGGAGCUAGAGCCACAACAUCUGGGAAUAGGAUUAACUUCUUGUUGUGGUGUAGAAGUUCUGUUUUUAGAGAGCUGAGGAAAUAUCAGAAAGAUUUUUCUAGCUGGUGCAAGGAGUGCCAAUGUGAGAGGAAGGAAAGACAGCGCCAGUCUGUUGCUGCUACCAAACUGGAAUUUCUGAGGAGAGAAGGAAAAGCUGCAAGUUGAGUUCAUAUCAUGUGCACUUUUUCGUUGUUGUUGGAUUGCAUGCCAACCAAACGCAAGUGCAACAUGCCUGCAUCUGCUGAGCCGAAUGAGAUAGGAGCGAGCUGGUGAUGGUUAAACUUCAUUAAUUGAUUAUUCGCGAGUUUCCAUCUGAUUGCUGCUGCUGCUACCUGCAUUGAGGGGUCAGUAUGCUUCUGGAUGGAUCCUUUAGCUUUAAACCUUCCUUCCCUACAAACUAACAUGUUGAUGCUGUGUAAGAGAGAAAUUCCAGUGACGUUCACAACAUCCCUUGAUGACAGAAUAUGGAUGGGAAGUCGGCUGUAUUGUAUUGUCUCUAAUUAAUUCUCUCGACCUUAGUUUCGUCUUGUAUAUGGAUAUGGAUUUGGAUUUGUAUUUGCAUUUGCAUUUGCAUACUAGGAUCUGAGUUUCAUUUA